GAUGAUACAAAAGUUUGGAUUCGCAUUGAGUAGGCAAUGAGCUAACAUGCUAUCAGUUUUGAUGCUAGUUGGACAGGUCCUCUUUUAUUCUAUUGGAGAUAAAUAUCAUUCGUUUCCCACCAGGAGUAAAGGUUUCUAAUGUAUUCGGGAUAAUUAAAGACACGCAUGUUAUUUUUGGACUUGCCAGACAGACUAACGUGAAGGCUAAAGUUUAGCAUGCCCUCUGUCACUUUCUAUCAGUAUCAACAGUUAACCCUGCGGUAGAGCUUUCUGCUCUUUAGGACACGAGUUACAGCAGACUUAGUUCACAAUGUCUGCUUCCCAAAGGCUGCUUCACCUGGUGAAGUACAGGAGUCUGUGGACCCAUGUACGGAGAAAAGUCACCACAUGGUCUCCUGUUGGUGCUGCUUUCAAUGCCAAACCUUUCAGGAGUCUGGACCUGGUUGAGAAAAACGUGGGUUUGUUUGGAGUGCCAGAGCUCAGCUGUCCUGAAGGCUUCCAGGCAGCCACACAGACAGCUCUGAAAAACACGGAGCUCCUGCUGCACAGAGCCUGCUCCUGCUCUCCAGGUGUGGAGACAGUGGAGUGUUUCGACCAAUUGUCAGAUGGGUUGUGCAAAGUGGCUGAUCUGGCAGACUUUAUAAAAGUGGCCCAUCCAGACCCAGCAUACCGUGAAGCUGCAGAGAAGACCUGCAUAGACAUUGGCACAGUCGUGGAGAAGUUGAACACUAAUGUUGAGUUAUGCAAGAGCCUGAAGAAUUUACUGGACAACGCAAAAGUUGUGGCAGAGCUGGAUCCUGACACAAAGCGAGUGGCAGAGUUAUUCAUGUUUGAUUUUGAAAUCAGUGGAAUUCAUCUGGAUGACAAACUGAGGAAAGAGGCUGUUGCUCUUCACGUUAAGCUCCUGGAUCUAAGCAACGAGUUUCUGAUUGGCUCUCAUGUGCCCAACAGAAUCGCAAAGUCUGCGAUUCCCAAACAUCUGCAGGUCCUCUUUGCAAGUGACGGAAGUUUCAUUCAAAUUGGAGGACUGCAUGCAGAUUCCCCUGAUGACUUGCUACGAGAGAUUGCAUACAGGAUCUACCUCUAUCCCAAUGCUGACCUUAUGGAGUGUCUGGAGGAGCUGCUGAAGUGCAGGUACAAACUGGCCAAACUGGUUGGCUAUGACUCCUAUGGACACAGAGCACUAAAAGGAACCAUGGCCAAAAAUCCAGAAACAGUGAUGAGUUUUCUCCAGUUGUUAACAGACAAGCUGUCACAGAGAACAGCAAAAGAUUUUCAGAUGAUGAGAGACAUGAAAAAGAAGCUCAACCCUCGAAACGCUGAGUUAAUGCCCUGGGAUCAUCCAUUCCUCAGUGGUGUCCUGCGUGCUGAAAGAUACAACAUUGAACCGAGCCUCUACAGUCCCUACUUGUCUCUUGGUGCUUGUAUGGAGGGUUUGAACAACCUUUUUUCCCAGCUGUAUGGUGUCUCCCUCAUGUCUGAACAUCCGGGUGCUGGAGAAGUGUGGAGCGAGGACGUCCGCAAACUGGCUGUGGUGCAUGAAACUGAAGGCUUGCUGGGAUAUAUCUACUGUGAUUUUUUCCACCGACGAGAUAAACCUCAUCAGGACUGUCACUUCACCAUCCGGGGCGGACGCUGGUGCCAGGAAACGGAUCAGUACCAGCUGCCGGUCGUCGUGCUGAUGCUGAGCCUCCCCCACCCCACCAAGAGCGCCCCCACUCUGCUCACCCCGGGCAUGAUGGAGAACCUCUUCCAUGAGAUGGGCCACGCCAUGCACUCCAUGCUGGGAAGGACUCGCUACCAACACGUGACAGGAACCAGGUGUGCGACUGAUUUUGCUGAAGUCCCCUCCAUCCUCAUGGAGUAUUUUGCCACAGACUAUCGAGUCAUCAGCCAGUUCGCCCGUCAUUUUGAAACUGGACAGCCUCUGCCUGAGAACAUGGUGGCUCGUCUGUGUGAGUCCAAGAAGGUGUGCGGAGCGGCAGACACCCAGCUGCAGGUUUUCUAUGCAGUCUUGGACCAGAUCUAUCAUGGCAAACCACAGAACCGCUCCACAACAGAAAUCCUCAAGGAGAUGCAAGAGAAGUUUUAUGGGUUGCCUUAUACACCCAACACGGCGUGGCAGCUGAGAUUCAGCCACCUGAUUGGCUAUGGGGCUAAGUACUACUCUUACCUCAUGUCGCGGGCCGUGGCCUCCAUGGUGUGGAAGCAGUGCUUUGUUCAGGAUCCAUUAAACAGGGACAUGGGUGAGCGUUACCGACGGGAGAUGCUGGCUCAUGGAGGAGCUAAAGAGCCAGUGUUGAUGGUGGAAGGCAUGCUGCAGAGACGGCCCAGCAUGGAGGACUUUGUGGACGCGCUUGUGUCUGAGCUCAACCCGAACUUUGAGACCUUCCUCAUGGACUCUGAAAGCUGAUGGACACACACAUCCAGCUUACAGAGAUUGCUCCGGGCUUCAUCUUCACUUUAUCUGUAAAUUCACUGUUAACAUGUUUUCUAUAGUAACGCAUGGAGUCAUAUUGACUUAUUUAAUAUACCUGUUGACAUAACUUAAUUUGAAUUAAAGAGUUGAGAACUUUAAAGACAA